AUUUCGUGUUGUGAAGACAACAUGGACUCUAGAGCAGGGUUCGUUUUUCUCGCGGCUUUCAGCAUUGCCAUUGCCAGCAAAGGUAAGUUCUCCAUCCCUAACGGCAUUUAAAUGAGUUCAGUAUUUCCUCUACAUGACAUAUAAAUGUAUCUGUAGUUGUUUGAAUCAUUUUUAAAAUGAAAAGGAAUGGGACAAUAGAAUAAACGGAGACGGGAGAACCCACGCAUACGUGUUACAUGAUCUCCCAACCUAAAUCACAACGGUAAAUCAUACCUACCUACAGCAAACUGUUAGAUGGACAGCAUGGUCUUUUAAAACGAUAAUUUCAGGACUGUAGCCAUAUGGAAUAUCUCUCUUUAAAUUUGCUUUGUUUGAUUUUAGGCCUUAACUCGCACUGGCUUCAAAUAUUAAUCACAUUGGGAAAACCAUUUGUUUUAUUUUAUUUUAUUUGUUUAUUUUUGGGGUGAAUAUUUUGAAUGAGUCUAAGAUCUUCAUGGUUUAUGGAUGCCGAAUCCAAUCAUACUUUACUGAGUAUAAUACCCUUUGAAUUAUUUAGUCACGGGAAUAAGAAUAUUUACUGAUUGGAAGACAGCGGUGUUUCGCUUACAACUGAAGGAACGUCUCAAUAUCAAAUAUUGGACUAGUUAGUACCACUAAAUUCCUUUGUCAAAAAGUUUGUGAUUUUUUGUAGCAGGAGAUAAAUGCUGUACUCACUAGGUAAACGUAUUACUGAUAUACUUUUUUUUCAGAUGGAUUUCCGCAUUGGGGAUAUAAAGAGUCAGGUAAAACAUUUUUUGAACUCGGAUUUUCAAAAACUAUUAAUAGCGGGAUGCAUUUUUGAAUUAGCGGUUUACAAGAAUUAAAAGGCAACAAACCUGUAGGAGGUAUUAAGACUAAGGUAUUAUUUAUGUAGCAGCUCUCUCAUGAUUAAAGAUUUUCCUAUUUACGAGCAAAUUACCCAACCUCAUUUCAAUCACUUGUCCACCUUUUAUGACAAUAUUUGUGACAAUAAGCAAACUAAGUUUCUAAUACCCUUUGCAUUCAUUUUUUUCAUUUUAAGUUAUAUUCUAUAUUCCCGAUACUGAGUUUACACCAAGAUCUACGAUCUCUUCGCUUCUAUUUGUCUAAGCUGUCCUUGCAGAUUUUACAGUUCUUUUGAGUUCUACUUGAAGUUCUGGCUCUUAAAAUAAAUGGCUCCGAGCAUGUCGUUAGACGACAGUGGCCUCACGUUGUUGAGCCCUGCCUACUCUAACUGCAGAGUAUUUCGAAAUAGUUAAUAAAGACAUCUAUUUCAUGGAAAACAUGCAAGAUAUAUACUUUGAUAUAAACCAGUUUUCCACAUUACUGCAUCCUCAGGAAUCGGUUGUUCGUUGAGUUUUAUGGGCAAUUAUUUAUGUUUUAUUGUAGAUUAUGGGCCAGGAGAUUGGGGAAAAGUAGCGCCACCAUGUUCAGGACAGUUGCAGUCCCCCAUCAAUAUCGUUUCAAGUUUGACUGAAGUCAACACAACCCAUAAUGACUUAGUGGUCAACUUUGAUAACAUGGAUGGCACUGUCACCGGAUUUUUGAUUAAUAAUGGACACGCCCCCAAAGUGGUUGUUGAUAAGAACCAAGGCGGAGCAACUGUCACUGGAGGUCCCCUGGGACAGAACAUGUUUAUAUUGCAACAGUUUCACUUUCACUUUGGCUGUAACAGUUCUACUGGCUCUGAACAUACGCUUGAUGGCAAGACGUUUGCAUCAGAGGUUGGAAUAUUAAUCUAUAUUUCAUAUCUCUGUUUCUUAUCAAUCCCUACAGUAUUGUUAAUAACUUCUCUUACUACUUCAUUUGAUGCCCUCGAAACGUACCCCUGGGACAACAAAAGCAAUGAAUGCAAAGGGUCAGUGACUAAAUCUGAAUUGAUUUAUUAUAGAUGCACCUGGUGUUUUACAAUUCAGGUUACAAGAGUUUCCAGGUGGCCUCCUCCAAACCUGAUGGCUUGGCCGUCGUUGGGGUAUUUUUGCAGGUAUAUGGGUACUAAUAAAGAUUAAAAUACGUUUCACAGGUAUUAAAUGAUAAAAACUGAAUAUUGUAAUAUCAGCCCUCUGUUGUCUAACUCCAUUCAAACACCAGUAGCACCCUUCCUCCCUUACUCUUGAAUAGGACCAAUUUGGGAUCAAUUUAGGUUUCUGGGAAACUGACCACCCACCCCUCCCUUAAGUCAACAUUAGCACUUACUUCUCACUUAGCGCAAAAUGUUGGCUUAGGGGAGGGGUAGGUGGGCAGUUUCCCAGAAACCUAAAUUGAUCCCCAAUUUGUAUCUGCGCAAGCAGACUUAUGGAAUUUUGUCUAUUAUCCUUGGUUAUCUAAAUAAUAUUAGGGUUCGAUCAGCUUGUGACAUUACUUAAAAUUUUUGCACAACACAUAAGAAAAAAACUACCACCUUUAUUGUGUCGACAAGGCAGUUAAUGUAGCCGAGAAGUCGAAAUCAGAAACUCAAAAUUAUUAUUGGAAAAUAAAUUAAUGAUAAUCAUUAACUGUUAGAGUUUUUAUGUUUGAUUAUGCCUGUUCACUUAACGUAAGCAACACUUCUACUCGCUCGGACUUGGUUAUCUUGCUCUAAUUCAGGUCAAUGGAGGAUUCAGUAAAUGGAUGGAACACAUCGCCGUUUCGUUAAGGAAUGUUAAGACUGCAAAUGGUAAACAUCCUUUAUUGUUCUUGUAUAUAAUUGUCAUAUUGUGUCUGACUUAAUCGCGCCUGAAAUAGCAGUUUAUCGGAUAAUAUACUCCGUUUUUGUUUCUUUCUUUUUCCUUAAAGAGAUCAACUAUAACCUUGGAGACAGCAUCGCUUUGUCGAAACUUGUUCCAGAGUUGGCUUCCAAGAACGCUCCUUACUAUGCGUACAAAGGCUCCCUUACCACCCCACCCUGUUAUGAAUCAGUGCAAUGGAUAGUGAUGAAAAAUCCGAUUUCGGUUACCGAGUCUCAGGUAAUGCUUACUAUCUAUUUUAAAAUAAUACGAUAUUAUUUUCAAUGAAGUGGAUCUAGUCAGGGGCUGAUGCAGAAGAAGAGUUCUGGGGAAAAGGACCCUUUUUUGACCAGAGCGGCUUUCAAAUUGCAUUUUGGCAUAAAGGCACAGAUGGAUUACAUACUACAUUCAUGGCUGCAAAUGCUUCAUCUAAUGACGUUCUUGCUUGUUUAAACUUGCCGCAAAAUAAUACAACAAUCACCGGAGAAUGUAUAGUAAUAUAACAUCGACGCAAACUGUAAAAACUGAACUGUUUCUAACGUAUAACACGUAAGUAACUCUUCAGUGACAUUUAUGGUUUCUCAAAAUAACCGUCAUGACUGUUAUGAAAGAUGCUUAUUGUCGUUUCAAGCUUUUCUUUUCUUUUCUUUUUUUGCUAUUUUCAGCUGGAGAUGAUGCGAUUAUUGACCACACCUAACGGUACUCCGAUGUGUAACAACUUCAGACCAGUCAGGCCCUUAAAUGGACGGAAACUCCAAUGGUCGCCCAAACAAGCUAAACUCCCUGGCCGGCUAAGGCUUCAAGGCAUUCGAUUGUAUCACUAA